GUUCAUCUUGUUGCUAGGUGUGGCACAAUCUAUCACCAAUCCCGCCUACAUACAUAAAACUCCUUGAGCAUUUAGCAGCUCACUGUAUUACCUCAAAGAGCACACAAGCAGGAGUUGUAAUUGAAAUUCUGUCGUACUAGUGAAGUAUUACCACACAUUCUUCAAAAUGAUGCUGUCACAACUCCUGGGAAAUAUUGUGUACUUUGGAGGUGAUACUAGUCAGCAUUGUGCAGCAACUGUGAAAGAAUGUCCAAACUUCAAUGCUAACGAAGCCGCUGCUGCACUGGAAAAGGCUAUGAAAGCAAAAGGUGUUGAUGAGCCAGGCAUUAUUCGGGUAUUGGCAAACUGCAGUAAUGCCCAGCGUCAGAAAAUCAAACUUGCUUACCAACAGCUGACAGGGAAGCCUCUUGUCGAUGCCUUAAAGAAAACCCUUUCAGGACAGUUUGAAGAGGUGGUCCUAGCUUUGAUGAUGACUCCUCCCCAGUAUGAUGCCCACUCACUCAGGACUGCCAUGAAGGGUCUUGGCACAGAUGAGGAUUGUCUCAUAGAGAUUCUUGCAUCAAGAGAAAACAACGAGUUAAAAGAAAUUGCAAAAGUUUACAAAGAAGAAUAUAAAAAAGAUUUAGAGAAAGACAUCACAGGAGACACAUCCGGUGAUUUCAAAAAGGCACUUCUUGCUCUUCUUAAGGCCAAUAGAAGUGAAUGCACUCGUGUGGAUGAAGACCUUGCUGACAAUGACGCCAGAUCCUUUUAUGAGGCUGGAGAGAAAAGGAGAGGAACACACGUGGAUACAUACAUUGACAUAUUGACUUCAAGGAGUUACCAACAACUCAAAAAAAUGAAUGAAUGCUACGGUAAAUACAGCAAGAAUGAUGUGGCCAAAGCUGUGGAUUUGGAGCUGAAAGGAGAUAUUGAAGCCUGCUUGAUGGCCAUUAUGAAAGUUGCACAGAAUAAGCCAGCUUUCUUUGCUGAGGAGAUGUUUAAAGCAAUGAAGGGGUCUGGAACAAAUCACAAAAAGCUGAUCCGAUUGCUUGUCUCUCGCUGUGAAUGUGACUUGAAUAACAUCAAGAGAGAGUUUAAGAAUAAGUACGGAAUGACUCUGCACAAGGCCAUUGUGGCUGAAAAACUAAAGGGCGACUACCUAGACAUUCUUCUGACUUUGUGUGGAGGUGAUGAUUAAAUUCAAUUGAUCAGCGGUCCUUUUCCACAGUGGUGAAACUACAGAUUACUGAACUACAGAAGGACCUUUUAUAUUUCUUAUCUUCUCUUUUUGUUUUUCUCAGCUGCUGCUAAUUUGGUAAAGAGCUGUUAGCAGUUGUGUUAUAGGAAAUAUUCUUGUAGAGUUAUCAAUAAAAAGAAUAUGUGUAA